AUGGAAAAGUGGUUAAAAGGGAAUAAAAAAUCAGAUACUUCUACUUCAACUAGUAGCAUAGGAAUUCCAGAAACAGAUACUUCUAGUUCAACAACCAGCAAAAGAAAAAAUGAAUUUUUACCUGCAAACAAUAAAAAAAACAAACGCAAGUACAAUUCAGAAUAUAUAAAAUUUGGUUUUAUUGCAUCAUAUGUAAAUAUGGAAGAACGACCAAUGUGUGUCAUAUGUUCAAAUACACUCUCAAAUGAUUGCAUGAGGCCUGAAAAAUUAAGUAGACAUUUAAUUUCUAUGCAUCUCAAACACCAAAAUAAAACGUCUGAUUUUUUUGAAAGAAAGGCAUCAGAACAAGAAAAUUUGGUUUUACCUGCAGCAAUAAAAAUAUGUGAAAUUGUACACGGUAAUAAAAUUGCAGAUGCAUUGCGGUCCAUCCCUGUUUCUAAUGAUACUAUUAAAAGAAGAAUAGACUGUAUGGGAGAUUAUAUGAAAUCACAAUUAUUAAUUCAAAUUAAAAGUAGUGACACUUUUGCAAUACAACUUGAUGAAUCGACCGAUCUUACAAAUAAUGCCCAAGAAGACUCAACUCUUGAAGCCGAAUUAAAUGAAAAAGAACUUACUGAAUUUUGGUUAAGACAACAACAAGAGUAUCCUGUAAUUUCAAAAGCGGCUUUACUCAUAUUAAUACCUUUCGCAUUAACAUAUCUUUGUGAAACUGCAUUUUCACAACUUCAAAUUAUAAAAAACAAACAUAGAUCAUGCAUUUCACAACAGUCUUUAGAAGCUAACUUGCGUAUUUCAGUUUCAAACAUCACACCUGACAUAAAUAUGUUAUGCGAAAAUAUACAAGCCCAACCGUCACAUUAA